CUCUCUCUCUUUCUAUCUAUUGCUUUCUUCUUUCAAUCCACGUACACCCAGAACAACAACAACAAAAAAAAAAGCAUUUUCAAUUUGAUCUUGAAAUUGGCAUUCUUAGGGUUUAUUCUGCAAUUGCUCUUCGGAAAUUAGGCUAAUUCGAAUUUUCACGGGAAGAGUUCAAUUAGCCUUCGGGUUUUCAUUUCGUAAUUGUUAUAGUUUCCCCCCUUUUUGUAAUAUAUAUAAAUUAUAGAUAUAUAUCUAUAUAUUUGGAUAUACAGACACAUAUUGGUAUCGAUACGAACGAAUAUAUAGGGCGCGGCUAUCGUAUAUAUUUGGAUUUGUGUAAACAUUUAGGAAUAUAUACGAAGUUUGGGGUUCUGAGGUGCUUAGGAAACAUGUUGGGGGCAGGACUACAGUUUAAUAGGAGUAGGAACGGCGAUGAUCGGUUUUACUGUGCGGCGAAGGCUCGCCGGAGUCAGAGCCAGAGUCUGAGCAGUCGUCAGAAUCAUCAGAACCAAGAUCAUACCAGAGGAGCUAAGAGCGACUUCGCGGUAAGCCGUUCUGCCAAGUCCGAUGUCCGAGCAUCCGCAGAUGAGCCGCUUAAGGAGAAGCCGGUCAUUGUAGCCGAGCAAGUUCGCGAGGUGUCAUCGGUGUCCAAUUUCCAACAGUUUCUGCAUUCGAUUACUCCUUCAGUCACGGCGCAGCAUCACCCUAAGACAGCAAUGAGGAGUUGGAAGAUUGAUGGGGAAUCUCAGCCAUUUUUUGUGUUAGGUGAUUUGUGGGAGGCCUUCAAAGAGUGGAGUGCAUAUGGUGCUGGAGUGCCUUUGAUAUUGAAUGAUACUGAUUGUGUGAUUCAGUAUUAUGUGCCCUACUUAUCCGGUAUCCAAAUAUAUGCUGACCCUUCAAAGUCUUCAGAGAAAUCAAGGCGGCCGGGAGAGGAUAGUGAUGGUGACUCUUUUAGGGAUUCUAGUAGUGAUGGAAGCAGUGAUUCUGAACAGGAUAGAGGUUGCUUGAAUUAUUCAAGGGAGCAGCAGAAUCAUUAUUGCCCAACACAUGAAAAUUCUUUUAGGAUUAGUAGGCUGACAUUGAGAGAUGAGAAUACUGCAUUGCAAGAAGGUUUCUCCAGUGAUGAAGGUGAAUCUGCAUGUUCUCAAAGAUACUUGCGAUUUGAGUAUUUUGAGAGGAGUCCACCUCAUGGCCGGGAACCUUUGGCAGACAAGAUAUCUAACUUGGCUGUUCGCUUUCCUGAGUUGAAAACGCUUAGAAGUUGUGACCUACUUCCAUCCAGUUGGAUUUCUGUGGCCUGGUAUCCAAUUUAUCGGAUACCAAUGGGCCCUACCCUGAAACCUCUGGAUGCCUGUUUUCUUUCUUAUCAUCGUCUUCAUACACCUCUGACAGCAGGCCAAGGUGCACGUGCUACAGCUGUCACAUGUCCAAGCGAGAUGGAUGGUGUCCCCAAUAUUCUCUUACCUGUUUUCGGCCUUGCUUCAUACAAGUUUAAAGCAUCACAAUGGGCCCCUGACGGUGGAUGUGAAUAUCAGUUAAACAACCUUUCGCAAGCUGCUGGGGAUUGGCUGACAGAGCGCCAGGUCAAUCACCCUGAUUUUAGCUUCUUCUGUCGAAAUUGGAACUAAGUUGGUCACUUGUUUCAAAAUUCCCACCAUUCCAUAGAAACCCGAUAUGAAUACUAUUUGCUUGAUGCGUCAUUUGAACUAUUUUGGAAAGUUGGGGUGUUACAUGUGAUGGUUUUACAUCAUAUUAAUAUGAAAAAAAAAGUAAAAAAUGAAAAAAAAAAAUGAAGAAAAGAAAAAAGCAAAAACAGGAGAAGGCAAAUUCAAGGUGAUGGGGGAGAAGAAUUGGAAUCGCGCUAUUGGAUGCUCGAAUGGAAACUAUCUACCAUGAAGAUGAAAAGACGAGCAGAAGUUUGAGGGGGCGGAGCUUGAGCUUGCCGGUUGUCACGCCAUAGCAGUUUAACAGACAAGGAGGCUAGUAAUUUUUUUUCCUGCCUUGAUCAGAUCUAGGAAAAGUGUAUCUUAUUAUCGUAACUUUGAGGGGGAUUUUGAUAGGGUUUUUUAUAAAGUGAAGUUCAGUUUCCCCUUCCCUUGUGUACAUUGAGACUGUUUUAUAUAGCAUAAAAGUAGUAGUAAGUUAGAGUACUUAGUUUGGUACA